CCAUAGAUGCAGACCUGCUAUUAUCAUUACAAACCUAAACCCGGGCCCACGACCCAAGGGCCUUGAACGCUGCAACAGUCAACUGGGUCUUUUGCUUAAAAGCUUGUAAAUGCUCGCCACACAAAAACUCCCAACAGCGCACCAGCGGCGGGGUGGAUGCCCUGCCGGGUCACAAAGAGCGACACGAGCGCGUUGUGUUCGCGUGAUGGCUGCGCACCCGGCCGCCUACGCAUGGAUUGAGGAGCACCUGGGCAGCAAGGUGGUGAAGGAGAGCCUGGUUUCCUCAUCCGGUUGGAGCAGCGCCUACGUGGUGGACACGCAGGACGGAAAGCGCUAUUUCGUCAAGACGGCUCUGGGCCGCGAUGAGGCCAUGUUUAAGGGGGAGGCGCUGGGGCUGCAGGCCAUGUACGAUACCAACACGAUGCGUAUCCCCAAGGUGUUCCACUACGGCCCACUGGCGGGUGCGGGUCGUGGUGGCAGCUUCAUCGUGAUGGAGCACCUGGACAUGGCGCGCGGGCGGCUGGCCAUGCGGGAGCUGGGCCGGCGAUUGGCGCUCAUGCACCUGGCUGUGCCCAAGGAGGAGCACGCAGCGGCUGGCCAGUUCGGCUUCCCCGUGGACAACACCAUUGGCGGCACACCGCAGGCCAACGGCUGGAUGUCUGACUGGGUGGUGUUCCUGCGCGACCGCCGCCUCAUGCCGCAACUCAAGAUGGCGGGCGACUCCAGACUGAUGAGGAUGGGCGAGAAGCUGUGCUCCAACCUGUCAUCCCAUUUUGAGGGGAUUGAGGUGAAGCCCAGCAUCCUGCACGGCGAUCUGUGGUCAGGUAACAUCGGCGCAGUGGGGGAAGAGCCCACCAUCUUCGACCCGGCCUGCUACUACGGCCACCACGAGGCAGAGUUCGGCAUGAGUUGGUGUGCAGGCUUCAGCCCCGACUUCUACGCCGCCUACCACGAGCUCAUUCCUUGCGCCCCUGGCUUUGAGCAGCGCGCCGAGAUCUACCGCCUGUACCACUACCUCAACCACCUCAAUCUGUUUGGGGACUCGUACUACAGCCAGUGCGCCUCCAUCCUGCAGCGCCUCACGUGAAAGGGGGCUGCCGGGAGUGGCUGUUCCGGCAAACUGUGCCAAACGUGCACUUGCAGUAUUUCGUUUAGAUGCUGCAAAUUGUUAGUACGCGAUUCGGGAGGGGUAGGCCUUGCAUAACAGUGACGCAGGUGAGGACCAUGGCAGCAUUCCGGCACUGUGGGGUCAGGACAGAGCUCGAGACAGAAGGGUGGCUGAAAUGCUGUAUUAGCGGCUAGGCAGGCACGUUUAAAUGUGGGUUAGCCUUGUCAUGGCUUGGUGGCACGACCUAGCACUUCACGUGGUGUUCCAUGUUACAGCCGUACUGAAGGCUGUCUCUUUAAUUUGGCGCCAAAG